GAUCCCAUGCAGAUGACGCCAUUUACCCAUCAGCUACCACUGGAAAACUUAAUAGCAACUCGAGCAGAUCUGCUUCUUUAAAGCACUUUGCAAACUUCACAUCUGUCGGAAGGUCUGUGGAGGCGGAGGGGCAGCGGCACUGCAAGCGUUUGUAAGGGAAGGUCCACUUGUGAAUGAGACCAAGCGCCUGAUUUCCUUCUGCAAAGUUCCUACAUUGACAAUUUUUUUCCAUAGCUGCGUAUGUGCGCGCGCCCGCCCUCGUGUCUGCUUCUUGCUGGCUUCAUUCAGAAAAAAAAGAGGAAGGAUUUUUCGAACUUCACUUCUACCUGUCUCUCCCCCCCGAGAAAAAGAAAUUUAACCCCCGGACUACUGUCUAUCGAUCGGCUGCUGUAAUCGUCGAUCGCACAAGGUCCCAUACCUUGCAUUCUCUACCCCUCCCUCCCCAACUACCAACCUCCCCCCCCCCAACUCGUCCAUACAUACGACCCUCAACAACCCCCUCCUCUCCACUGGAUGCUUUAUCAGAUAGCCCCGGCUGAUCUCCGCCAGAAUUUGGAUGCGCAACUUUUUUUUUGGUGGAGCUAUCGGCUCUGAACUGCACACAUCAAUCGAGUGAGGGGAGGGAGAGCUACGCUGCGGCCACGGACUUCAGAUGUGUUCUAAGCCUGCUGAAGUGAUCACUCUUCAUUGUACAGAUGGAUACGCGAACUCAAAAUGGCAGUGGUUCCCCAGCCCUGCUACAGUUGCUGCGUGACAGUGGAAGGCAACACAUGGAACCUGAUCCCAGGGGUGUACAGCCGCAGCAGGUUCAGGUGUUGUCGCUUGAUCAGAUCCGAAUCAUAAGAGCCACUAAUGAGUAUACAGAGGGACCAACUGUUGCCCCAAGGCCUGGGAGCAAGUCUGUAUACCGACCAUCUUCACAACAUAAAAAUGAUAGGAUGUCUGGAUUAACAAGCGACCAAGACCGUCAGCGACUUAACACCCGCAGUCAACACCAUCAUGCGCAUUCUUCGUUAAGGGCGCCUUUAAUUCGUUCAACUAGCACUGUGAGUACAGGUUCCCGGAGUAGCACAAGGACAAGUACAAGUAGUACAUCUUCUGACCAGAGGCUUCUGGGACCUGCUUCCUCGUUGCCACCUGGCCACGUCUCUGAUCGGAUAAUCAGGGUGCAACCCAAACCGGAAUUUAAAUCUGAUGAACUGAAACCCCUGGGGAGAGAAGAAUUUGGCAAGCACAUCUAUCGGUGUGAAGAUUGUGGGAAAUGUAAGUGUGAGGAGUGCACUUGUCCACGGACUCUGCCUUCCUGUUGGUUCUGCGACAAGCGGUGCCUCUGCUCGGCACAGAACACCGUGGAGUAUGGGACCUGCGUCUGCUUUGUGAAGUGUGUCUUUUACCACUGCUCAAACUAUGACGAAGAGGACAACUGUGCAGAUAAUCCGUGCUCCUGCAGUCAGUCGCACUGCUGCGUCCGGUGGUCAGCCAUGGGCCUUAUGUCCCUCCUUAUGCCCUGCCUGUGGUGUUACCUGCCUGCCAAGGGCUUCCUUAAGCUGUGCCAGGGGUGCUACGAUAGGGUUAACCGCCCUGGGUGCCGUUGCAGAAAUUCAAACACUGUUUGUUGCAAGGUUCCCAGCUUACCUCCUCGGAACCUUGAGAAGCCCUCCUAGCUGCAAGGGAGAGGGGUACUGUUUCAGAGCUAGCCCUCCACACUUCUGUACCUUUGGUAGUUUGAGUGGAAGAGAUGUAUUUAUAGCGCCAGCAUUGAGCACAAUGUUGGGUCGUUUAUCUGUAUGCCUUAAAAGGAGUAAGCCACACAAUCUGCAGCCAUUAAAGAUGAUCCUUCUUUGUUAAAAGAGAAAAAAGGGUAUCUCCCAUUGUUCUGGGGCUCACCUUCUAGUUGACCACUCAGCAUGCCUUAUUUUUUUUUGUGUGUAGUAACUCUGGAAUUUAGGGGGACUCUUAUGGUUUGCAGUGACAACAUUGUUGACCCCAUUUACUCCAUCUCGCUUAACCAGUACAGACGAGGAUUAAAAAAAAAUCCAAUCAGUUAGAUCAAACAGGAUGAUACACAGUAUCCGUUGUAUUUGAGGUGACAUAAGCUAAGGGUAAUGCAAUGAGACUCCCUGGUCUUUUCUGUAUUGUAUGUGAAUACUUCUUGCAGAAUUUGUAAAUUGGCAAAUUGCUCUUUUUUUUUGCUGCCAGAGUUAAUUUGUUAUAUUUUUGUAUAUACAAUAAUAUUAAGACUGUGAAAAUUGUGCCAUAUAAAUGGCAGAUUUACAGAAUAUUAUACUAAUAUGUUGUACAUUCAGCCAAAUGUGAAUCAGUCGAUCAUUAUGUUUAGGCUAUAUUUUACCUUACAAAAUUCACCAUUAUGUCACUCUUGAUAUCAUUGACAUCAUGUAUAUUGUACAGUUACCAUAAAUUUGGUCUUUAUUUUCUAAUUUUUCAACAUAUUGUUUAGUGUAAAGAAUAUUUAUUUGAAGUUUUAUUAUUUUAUAAAAUAUUUAUUUUAAAAGGCAUCUUACAAAUUCACCCUUUAAAAAAACAAUGGGAGCAUCAUGGUUACUCAGAAUGAGGGUGAUGCAAAUCAGAUGCAUAUGUUCACUAUAAAAUAGAAAAUAUAUUAACGUUUUGAAAUCAAACUGUGUACAACUUUGUGUUUUCUGCUCUUUUUAAUCCUGUGGUAGAAGACAAAACUUUUGCGAAACACAUUGAAUACACCUGGCAAUUAUUGGUCAGAUAAGUGGUAUAACCUUUUGCUUUGCAAAUAUACUUUGACAUUACACAAAUACUGGGGGAGCUUCUUGAGUGUUUCCUUGUAUGUUACCAUAUUAAGUAUGAGACUCCCUUGUGAUAGAGCUCUUUAAAAUCAUAAGGACAACCUAGGAUAUUAUAAAACACUUUCUCCUUGAUUCUCUACUGCAGUAUGCUUGGAGAAUGCUGCAGGCAAUACUGGCAACUAGGCAAACUUGUAUAAUACACAAUAACAGUAUUAAGUAGGAAACUUGCACUGGCAUUGCAAACUCCCAAUAAGAUGAAUUUUGUCUUUGCUUUGCCAUGUCCCACCAACCCCCCCUACCCCACUUCCCCCAGACGGCUCCUUUUAAUAUAUGCAUCUUUUUACCUAAUUCAUAAAUGCACAUAGUUCCAAAGACGCCAGUAGCCCUUAUAACUCGUAGUGAACUAGGGACCAGUGGAUGCCAAUGACCUCUCCUGAAUAUGCUGCUUUAAUAGAAUAAGGCUUUGGUCUGUUUAACUUGGCAAUACAGUGAGGGAAUGGAUGCUACAAUAAAGAGAGAAAUUUAUUAUGCAAUUACAUAUACUUUGACUUAAUAGUAGUUUAGUUAAUGGUUGGUAAAU